AUGCGGUCCGAUCUUUCCGACGACAAACACAGCGUGCAGCUGGCGGCCGCGGAAAUCGCGGAAUCGUCCGACACCAGCGGCUUCUACGAGCUGGCCUCGAACGGGUCGGCAAACGGGAUCAUCAAUAACGGUACCGGCCAACUGCACCACCAACACCAGCACCACCAUCCGCAUCUGCAACACCAACAGCAGCAGCAGCAGCAGCAACAAACGGAGCUGCAGGACAAAAAUGCAAACCUCCUGUCGGUGGAAUCGUUGUCGCCGCACUCGACGGGAGUCACGCUGAGGGACACGUCGCGACCGAAAAGAACCACCAGACGGAUGCAGAUGGAAACCGCUAUCGAUCCGGACAUGACGGACUCGAGCUCACAAAGCGACGAUACGAGCUGCGGAAGCAGUCGAACCGGCAGCCGGGGCAGCAAUGGCGGCGGAGGCGGCAGUCGGUCGGGCCAGGGGGGCACGAAUGGGAACGGAAACGGAAGCAGCAGUGCAGCGGCCCGACGCCGCAAGGGAGCGCUGAACGCGAAGGAGCGCAACCUGCGGCGAUUGGAGUCGAACGAACGGGAACGGAUGCGAAUGCACAGUCUGAACGAUGCGUUUCAGUCCUUACGCGAAGUUAUACCGCACGUGAAGAAGGAACGGCGCCUGUCGAAGAUCGAAACGCUCACGCUGGCAAAGAACUACAUCACCGCGCUGACGGACGUAAUUAUUGUGAUGCGUGGCGAGGGUGAGGGGGGUGCGAAUGGCGGCCAGCUGCACCAACAGUCGCUAACCGACGCCGGAACCGUCGCUACGCUGGCCACCAUGCAGGGCAAUUGCAUCGCCACCGCGACCACCACCACCACCACCAGGACGCCGGCGGAAGUGGUCGUUGGGGCGUUGGGCCACGCGUCCGAAUUGGAUCCGAUUGCGUCCACCCUCGAUCUCCUCACGUCGUCGGCAUCGGCGGUUACGGCGGCCGCACUGGCCGACUGUGCCCACGAGUCCCGUGCCGUCCUACAGCAACAUCAUCUUCCGCAUCACCACCAGCAUCACCAUCACCAUCUUCUGCCGCACCACCUUCAGCAACAGCACCAGCAACAGCAGGAUGGAACCAGCAACAGUAGCAACAGCGCCAGCAGUCCCAGCGGUAGCAGCAUCAGCAGCAUCGCCAGCAGUUCCACCAACGGUAGCAGCAGCGGAGGAGGUAACAGCAGCACCAACAGCAGCAGCAGUGGCAGCAUCAUGGACGUGUCCGUUGGUGGCACACAUUCGACGAAUGGCCAGCACCACGGUAGCAUAAACAACAAUCACCUUAACGCCCACCAUUUCGGUAACAAUAGCGCCAGUAGUAUAGAUAUUGAAAACAGCUUCUACGAGGAUCCGUUUCAGAUGAUGUAA